AUGCCAUUCAAAUCGCGCUGGCAGAUUGAUGUGCCUGAUGCGCACCUAGCAUCGCUAUUACUUACCUCUCCGAGCCAUCCUCUGUCCCAGACGCAUCGAUGCUUCUCCGAAGCCGCUCGCCCAGACAGCCACUACUUCACAACCCAUGAUUUCCGGCUAUGGUGUCAGCGAUUUGCGGCUGGGCUACGCAAGUCCGGUCUAAAGAAGGGAGACCGGGUCCUGCUUUUCUCCGGAAAUGAUAUAUUCUUCCCUGUGGUUUUCCUGGGAAUCACCAUGGCCGGUGGCAUUUUUAGCGGCGCGAACCCUACCUAUGUAGCGAGGGAAUUGGCAUUUCAGCUGCAAGACAGUGGCGCUAUUUAUCUCCUUUGCGCAGAGGAUAGUCUGAAUACCGGGAUCGAAGCCGCAAAACUCGCUGGACUGGGCCAGGACAAAGUGUUCGUAUUCAACAACGCGAUCUUCGACGGGAAAGGAGAAGCGAAGCAGGGUUGCCGAUACUGGGGCGAUCUGGUAGCGACUGUUGAGGAGAGUACUGGAUUUGCUUGGGAGGACCUAAACACUCCCGAGAAAUCUAGCACAACUCUUGCCCUCAACUAUUCUAGUGGCACGACAGGCAGACCGAAGGGGGUGGAAAUCUCGCACAAGAACUAUAUUGCCAACAUGUUGCAAUACAACCACCUUUUCUACCUUAAUUCCGACUGGAAGGAGAAGUCAAAGCGGGCUCGAUGGCUUUGCUUUCUUCCCAUGUAUCACGCAAUGGCCCAAAACAUCUUCAUCGCAGCGGCGCUGAACCGGGGUGUACCCGUGUACAUCAUGCCAAAAUUCGACUUCCUUAAAAUGCUCGAAUACACCGAAAAAUUCCACAUCACCGACUAUAUCAUAGUCCCGCCAGUGGUGGUUGCGCUGGCAAAACAUCCUGCUGUGAAGAGUGGCAAAUACGACCUGAGCAGCAUUGAAGCAAUCGGCAGCGGAGCAGCUCCGUUGGGACGAGAAGUAUGUGAAGAGGUUGAGGCUCUGUGGCCGCCUGGGCGAAUCAAUAUCAAGCAGGGAUGGGGAAUGACUGAGACGACGUGCUCAAUUCUCGGAUGGGAUCCCAACGAAAAGAGCUUUUCAGCAUCCGUCGGAGAGCUAAAUGCGAACUGCGAAGCCAAGAUUAUGGCUGAGGAUGGCGUGACAGAACUAGGCAGGAACGAGCGCGGCGAGCUUUGGGUCCGCGGCCAAAAUAUCAUGAAGGGGUACUGGCGAAACCCACAAGCAACUAAGGAGAUCAAGACGGAAGAUGGCUGGCUCAAGACGGGCGACAUUGCUUAUGUUGAUACUGACGGAAAAUUCCAUGUAGUUGACCGGAAAAAGGAACUCAUCAAAGUGAAGGGCAACCAGGUUGCACCAGCGGAACUUGAGGCUAUUUUGCUUGAGCACCCGGCGGUUGCUGACGCGGCGGUGAUCGGUGUGCCACUGAAUAACGAUGAAGCCCCUCGGGCAUACAUAGUGCUGAAGCCUGGUCAGAGCGCUACCGCGAAAGACAUUACGACUUUCAUGGACGGUAAAGUGUCAAGGAUCAAGAGAAUCACCGGAGGUGUAAUCUUUCAAGACGCUAUUCCGAAGAAUCCAUCUGGGAAGAUCUUGAGGAAGGCUCUUCGAGAACAGGCCAAACAAGAGAUGCAAGGCGUCGUCGCGAAGCUAUAA